AUGAACCUCAUUUUAUCCACUUUGUUCCUCAUUCUCUCGCUUGACGGCCUGUCAGAAGCUGGAGAAUCAGGAGCUGUCAGCCGCACAACUUUCGGAGAUGCUACAGCAACGUUUUACGGAGGCACUGAUGCUGCUGGUACAGCGGGAGGUUCAUGUGGUUAUGAAAAUCCGUUCACGAGAGGUUACGGUGUGACCACAGCUGCGCUGAGCAACAGCUUACUCAGUGACGGUCUGAAUUGCGGAGCCUGCUUUGAAGUCAAGUGCAAUUUCGGUGCAUCAGACUAUACGAGAAAAUACUGCUAUAACGGCAAAUCAGUCGUUAUCACGUCGACAAACCUCAGCCCUCCUGGUCUCCAUGGAGAACACCACUUCGACCUGACCUACCCAAUGUUCACUCAGAUUUCGAAUAUGAUCGCUGGACGCAUCCCGGUUCAAUACCGCAGAGUGCCAUGUAAAAAGCAGGGAGGGAUUAAAUUCAAUAUCAAUGGCAAUCCUUACUUCAAUCUCGUGCUCGUGUAUAACGUAGCUGGUGGUGGAAACGUUUAUGCCAUGGCGAUGAAAGGUGGCAACAGUGCCUGGUGUACAAUGGGACGAAACUGGGGACAAAAUUGGCAAUCCUCCGUGAAGCUUACUGGGCAGGGACUGUCUUUCCGUGUCACGUUGGGCAGUGGCAAGAUGCUAGUGUUCAACAACGUAGCUCCAUCGUCGUGGCAGUUCGGUCAGACGUACCAGGCGAGCAGUAACUUCUGA